CGGGGUGGUUCAGCGUCACCCCAGUGCUGCAUUCGUGAACUAACUCGAAACCCAAAACGUUCCGGGGUGAAUUUUGUUUUCUGGGACGUGGACGUCUUUCAUUUGCGGGAUUUCCCGGGUCGACAGUAUUGUGAAUCGAAAAUUCUGUUCUGAAAACACACAAAUUUUCCGAAGCUUUUCCGACAUCGCUGUUCGAGAAACACACAAAUUUUCCGAAGCUUUCCCGAGUGUCUAACUAGUGGAUCACUCCAUUCCAGUUUUCUCCACACCUGUUCUGAAUCUGACGCUCUAGAGAAUAUCAAUUACGAACGCAGGGUGAUGGGAUGUUGUGUGGUGAGCUGGUAAGAGGCCCCCAGCUGGGCCUGUUGGGUGGGGGAAGUGGGUCUCUCUCCCUCGACCCUCGCAGUCGCAGUCCGUACAUCUCUGUCUUGGCGUUAGUUCAAGGAAUGGCCGCCCUCACGCAGCCAGUGCCACCUGUCGAUGAUGAAGAUAUCUUUCUAGAAAACGGCCUGCUAAGCUACGAAAACCCCAACUACCAUUUGGACCCGGCGCGGCUGGACGACGCUCUCAACUCCAACACGGAGGAAGAUCCUCUCUACCAGGAGCUGCUGGAGGCUGUGUGCCAACUGGGGGCACUGGCCCCACCCGGGGCAUGCCCCAGGGCACGGUGCCUCCCAGGGGCGUGCCCCAGCAGCAGCCACAACGCAGAUCGUAUGCACAUCUUGACAUCAACAGUAUGGGGGUAGAUGUCACCACGGGGCCCCUGACUAAUCUCGACACUAAGAACCAUAUUAUCAGG